CUAGUUACUACUUCCACUGUUUUUCAAUAAGUCAUUUUUUUAAAUACUGCGGUAUCUCCAUCUAUCCGACAGUUGAAUUCACAUUUGUUUUUUUUACUCCAAGACCAAUUUUGCAAAAUUUGAUCAUCUUCAUUCAUUAUUCAGCCACCCUGGUUUUUCGCUCGGACAGUCAAACCUUAUCUUCUAUGACCAUGAAUUGUAUACCGAACGACAUAUAUAUGUUGUAAUAAUAAUAAAUAAUAAUAUUAUAUAUUUAUAUUUAUUAGAGUCUCGUACUAUCUUUCGGCAAUUUGAGUAUUCGACCGUCGACCGUCGUGGUACUUGGAUACUCGAUAUUCAAUGUUCAAUCAGUCCUAUGCCAUAUGGUUAAUACUUUGUCUUUAUGACUUAUAGUCCAUCUUAAAUCAUAAACCUUGUACCGUUUAACAUUAAUGUAAUAUCAUGGCUCUUUACUCAUACUUAAUUAAUUAACAUAAAAAUUAUUUCUAACUCAUUCACAAAUACCAGUACAGUAUACCACAAAUUUUCAAGCUUAAAUUUCAGAUGAUUCAUUUUUGUUGAUGAUUCAAAUCGCUAAAAUUGUACAACCGACGACUGAUGUAUGUUUACGCGGGUUACGGAAUAUAAUUUGUUUGGAAAUUUGGAAUACGGUCACUAUCGACGUUGAUCAAUGAUACAGAUAAUGGUCAAAUUAGUCAAUAUCUAAUCCUUUCGGAAUUCGAUUACCGCAUGGCGCAUAGCUCAAAACGUCCCUUCAGUGUCAAUACUGAAGAAAUUUCAUUACCUCGCGUCAACAAUCAUAUAAUCGUAAUAUUCCAAAAUGUCACUUACAAAACAAACCAAUGAACAUUUGAAAGAGCAACUUCUGAAUUCUAACCCUUAUGUUAAACUUACUCGGCUUACAAAAGAGGAUAUAGAUCUGUAUACUGGAAUUAAACAGAAAAAGGAGAAAACACCUAAUGUAUCAAAUACAAAUAUUCCUCCUAGAACAAUAAAACAGGAAUAUCAUGAUGAUCUUAAUAAUGAGAUUUACGAAAAUACAAUACAACAUACUUCAUGGCAAUCUUCGGUGCAAGAAUACGAGACUACUGUCAAAAUUGAAACUACUAAUUUAAUUGAAAUAAAAAUUGAGCCAGAGGAUAGAACUGAGGACACUACAUUUUCAAACUAUGUAGAAAAUGUUGACAGUGAAGAAUUUGUUUGCAAAGAAUGCUUUGCUCAUUUUGAUAAUUUUGAAGUAUUUGUCAUCCAUAAAAAUUUAUCACAUAACAAUAAACCUUAUGUAUGUGAAAUAUGCAAUGCACAAUUUGUUCUUGGCGCUCAUUUGAAUCUACAUCUUGUUGAACAUGUUAAUUAUUUAUGUGUGAAAAAUUCAUCCACGAGUCCUUCAGAAAUUCAGUCGUCAUCUAAAAGUAAUGUGACAAUAAAUCCAAGUGGAAAUUACAAGAACUCGAGGUCAACCACCGCAUUGGCUAAAAAUUCCUGUAAUUCUAAUUCUUCAGUAGAUUUACAACAAAAUGUUUCAAACAAUUCAACUCAAAACUUUUGUGUAACUGAUUCCAAUAUAACUUUACAAAAUAAGAAAUUCAAAUCAUUUAAGUGUGUAAGUUGCAUGUUUACAUCAGAGUCUGAAACUCAAUUUCUUAACCAUCAUGCUAUUUGUAGUAAAAUUUCAAAAACCUCCAAGUUCCACCAAUGUCAUAUAUGUAUGAAAUCAUUCAAAAAUUAUUCUGCAUUAAAUGGUCAUUUGAAGUAUCAUAGUUAUAGAAGCGAAAUAAUUUCAAGGAGACAACUAGCAUUAAAUAAGAAGAAAGUGAGUAAUCAAAACAAAAGUGGCCUUGUAAAAUCUCAAAAAUAUGUUUUUCCAAAGAUUGCAAAUUUUAACAAAGGUCUUAAGUGUAAAGAUUGUAAUAGAUAUUUUACUACACGUCGCAAAUUAAAUAUUCAUUCCAAGCAACACAAAAAACAAAUGAUAUGUAAUCAGUGUAAUAAAAAAUUUGUUUUGAAGAAAAGCUUUGAAAAACACUUACUAUCACAUACUAAUGGAUUGUCUAAUGUUACUUCAUUGAAUGAAAGUAGUUCACGGCAUAACCAAAAAAAAAAUAAAGAAUUAAUAAAACACAAUUCUGCUUCUAACAGUAAAACACAGAAUAUCUCAGAAAAAGAUAAAUCAUUUCAAUGUCCUAUUUGUAAUAAUUAUUGCAAAUCAAAACAAUCCCUAAGUCAACAUAAAAGACAUCAUCAUUCUGCUAUCAAACAUUCUAACCGAAAACUAAAAUCAAAAACCGUUGAAUGCGAUUGGUGUAGUAUAAUAAUAACAAAAUGUAACUUGCUUCGACAUAUUAAAUCUUUGCAUCCUAACAUCAACCCUAUAAAAUGUUCACACUGUCCAAUGGCAUUUAAGGAUUCUCCUUCAUUGAAGUUGCAUGUGUUUGAAUGCCAUACAAAUUAAUUUUAAUACUUUAUUUGUAUGCUUUUAAAUUUUAAUUAAUUUAAAAACCAAAAUCAUAAGAAAACACUAAGGUUUAUCGGAUUAUAGUACAAUGUUCAUUUAAUAACUAAUUUUCAAAAUAUUUUUAUUCCUGUACUUUCUCCUUUA